UUUACACGUGGUAAAAAAAAUCAGCGUGCAUCCGUUGUGAACAGCCCGAAUCGACAUGAGCGCAAGGUAAAGUGCGCUUGCGUGAAGAAGAGCAAGAACUUCAUUUAUAUUCCUAUACCAAUGAUAAAUUUUCAGUUUCACACAGGAGAUCGGCUCGGUCCACUACUUGACCGGCGGUAUGGAACUAUUAUACUGAUCGGUAUCGAGUCUUGCUGGCUAGGAUUUAAUAAGUAUUAAAAGAAUUCGCGAUCAAUAAUAUACCAAAAAUCCUAAUAAAAAAUGCGGUACAAACACAUAGUGUCAGUGGGAAUGUUUUUAAUGUCUAUUAUAGUUUUACUGGCUGCUUUGAUGUACUACUUUUACCAGAAGGACUGUGCACUUGGAACGUUUCGGUGCCGAAAUACAACUCCCGUAGUAUGCAUACCACAAAACAAAUGGUGCGACGGUGCACCUGAUUGUGCCGAGGAAGAUGACGAGGACAUUGAAGAUUGCGUUGAUAAUAAACUUAGUAUUUAUCCAUAUCCCAAGCCAAAUUACAAUGUCAUGGAUUUUUAUUGCCCACCCGCUGCGAUAGAUGUCGGAAACUGUACGUAUGGAAACAAAAGUCAUGAUUGCGCCGUAAAGUGCGAACAUUUAGAUGGAAAUGUGUCUCAAAACAUAUCUGAAUUCGUAAUACAAAUGACCAUUACAGACAGUAACAUCAACAUUUUACGUAAAAAUGAUUUCCUCCGAUUUUCUAGACUAAAAACACUCCAUCUUUUGGAAAGUCAAAUAAAAAUAUUAGAACCAAACGUAUUUAUGGCUCAAAAAAAUUUAUCAAGAUUAAUCGUGGCAAAUAACGAAAUUGAAGAAAUAGUAAAAGAAAACUGGAAUGGUUUAGAAAAAUUAAGCCUUUUUGAUGCUAAUUGCAACCAGAUACGUUCGAUUGAUUUAUCCUUUUUUGAAAAUAGCACACUGUUGACUUUCAUAGAUCUAAGCUACAAUUUAUUAACUUCAGAAAGCCUGACUCUCCCUUAUUUGCCAAAACUUGAUCAUUUAAACUUGGAAGACAAUCGUUUGACAAAAAUAAAGGCCAAUAUGUUUGAUGGUUUGAUUUCAUUGACGCGGCUAUUUUUGCAGUACAAUCAAAUUGAGCAGAUCGAUGAAGAUGCUUUCGCCAGAUGCAAGUCUCUAGUAGAAUUGAACUUGAUGCAAAAUUCCAUUGUGGCCUUAUCGCCAAAUAUAUUUACCCCCUUAGGCAAUCUCACUGCUCUAUUCCUUGGAUACAAUCCUUUCAAAAACAUACCAAUGGAUGCUUUGCAGCCUCUCAAUUCAAGUUUAAGAACACUGCAUCUUGAAGAUAUAGAAGUUCAUCGGAUAGAAAAAAAUGCCUUUGAUAUUUUCAAAGAGCUUAAAUUUUUAUAUUUCAAAAACUUUUACUACUGCGCUGCUUAUACACCGAGAGUCAAAAUUUGUCGCCCACUUAAUAAUGGUGUCUCAUCCUAUACAGAUCUCUUGGAUAAACCAGUAUUACGAGCUGCAGUUUGGGGAAUCUCGUGUGUCACUUGUCUUGGCAAUGCGCUAGUGUUAUGGGGCAGAUUCACAGCAAAAGACGAAAAUCGCGUUCUCAGCAUUAUCAUUCGGAAUUUAGCUGUGUCGGACAUGUUAAUGGGAUUUUAUUUGUUUAUUAUUGGAUUGGAAGACGCACGAUUUCGAAAUACUUAUAGCCGAGAAAUAGCAAAUGUAUGGAUGUCUUCGUGGUCUUGUACUCUUAUCGGUAUACUGGCUAUGACGUCGUGCGAGGUUUCUAUGCUCAUCUUAUCGUUCAUGUCCAUCGAACGAUUUUUACUUAUAGCAAUGCCAUUCAAAGCUCACAGAUCCAUCACUGCACAAACAGCGACUUCGGCCAUGACUGUGGUUUGGAUAAUUGGAAUCACUGUUGCUCUCGUUCCUGCUAUCCUUUGGCGCAAUAGCACGCGAUUUUAUGGUAUAAAUGGCAUGUGCUUCCCUCUUCACAUUGAAGAUCCAUACCUUAUUGGAUGGGAGUACUCAGCGUUCAUUUUUCUAGGCUUAAACGUUUUGGGACUCUUGACAAUUGGCUACGUUUAUACUGCAAUGUUUUGGAGCAUUAGAAAAACACGUCUAGCCACAACUCUGUCAAUUGGAGAUGUUGAAUUCGCAUUACGAUUUUUUCUCAUAGUGUUGACUGAUUUUCUUUGCUGGGCUCCGAUCAUUGUGAUGAAAAUCAUGGCACUAGCGUCUUAUCCCGUUUCACCCGACUGGCACGCAUGGGUAGUAAUAUUCAUUUUACCCGUCAACAGUGCUAUCAACCCGUUGUUAUAUACAUUUACAACACCAAAAUUCAGAGAGAGAUUAAGCGAAGGGUGGUUUGGUCACGUACGUAGCUAUGUUUCUCGCAAAGCCUCCAGCGAUUCUCAUCUAUCCAAUUCAUCUUUAAGAGACAACAAUAUGAUACCCAUGUCAGCAAUCGUUUAUUCAAAUGAGGGCAAAAGAAAUAAACAAGUAUCUAAUAAUGAAAUUCUUCUGAUAAAUUUAAUAAAAAAUGAUUGAAUUUGA